UCUGUCGUUUUAUGUCAUUUAGUGUUACUUUAGAUGGUGAGGCACACAACAAUAUGAAGAAAGUAACGACGUGGUGCAUCCUCUCGUAAUGUCACAGUGGACAGACAUUCGUCAUUAUAGCCAUUGAAAAAAAUCCACACAUUAUGGCAUCGUGUUCGGUCAUGAUAUUGUUUUGUUGUUUUAAUCAUACUUUUAAAAAAAAAAUCGCAGUUUUAUGAAACGCAACAUUAAGAACAAACACUUCGCUUUACACUGACGUCACGUUUACGUCUAAAUACUUCCGGGUUUUCUGGACACAUGCUUCGAAUCGUUGCCCUAGCAGUAACCACUACCUCUUAUUGGCAGUUUUAUUUUGUACAUUGCCUUUUGUGUUUUGUUUAAAGGUUAACAGUAAGGGUGUUCAAUAAAAGAAAGAAAGAAGGACAAACUACGAAAGCGUCGGAAGCUUGCGCAGGUCACCGUCACGCACUGAUCUGGUGCUCAUGCGCGUUGCUUUUUCUCACCGAUUUUAGUGUCCGUUAGACAGCGGAAUGAUUCGUAGGUUAUAAAUGGAACUUGAAAGCGUCACUUACGAAGCUAUUAUAUGCAUAUACCAACAUUGAUUGAGUGGGCAACGAAGGUGCGACGAAGGUACACUUCUGAUUGUGUUGCAUUGAAGAUGACUUUGCAUGUCUACACCAGCAUUCUUCAAAAAGCAGCAUGCUACACCGUCACAUUGCCCUUUACUAGCCAUUUUCAGCACAUCCGUCUUGUAGCAUCUCACUGCUAUCCACCUUGGCCAGCGUACCAGAGUCUCCCAAGAUCCCUCGGAACCUUAAGUUCAGAUAUCCUUCACUUCCGUGGUCAAGUGUCAAGACACCGCACACAAGGACAACAUUUCUCAACGUAUCAAGAUCUUGACCUUCACCUAAACCGGGUCCAAAUUAGUAAUAUUCUGCGACGUAAUGAGCAGGUUGUGAGUAUUCCAGAGUUUGACAGCAGAGGGCACAGUACUGUGAAGAAGUUUGAGAGCAACCAGCUGGCUGCUAACGCACCUAAUGAAGACCGGUACAGUGCAGCAACCUGCCUUCACUCUAAGGGCAUGCUCUUUGGGGUUUUUGAUGGCCACGGGGGAUCUGCGUGCGCCCAAGCUGUCAACGAGCGACUCUUAUAUUACGUAGCUGUUGCCCUGAUGCCAAAGAAGAGCUUGGAGGGGCUUGAAAAGUGUAUCGCUCAGGGCAGACCUGUUCCCUCUAUCUUACAGUGGCACAAUCAGCACACAGACUUCAAUGAUCCAGGUUCUCCUUCAUUUUACAUGGAGCACCUUAGAGAUUUUUGGCAAGAAUUAUUGGACAGUGAAGAACACAGUAACGGUAUGAGCCCUCAUGAUGCUCUAGAAUGUGCUUUCAAACGCUUGGAUAGUGACAUCUCCUUAGAGGCUCAAGUCCCACUUUCGGAUGACCUGAUGAAAAGCACAGCUAUUCAGGUAGCAUUUGCUGGUUGCACAGCCUGUGUGGUUUAUGUUGGUGCAGAUGCAAUUCACGUGGCAAAUGCUGGUGACUGUCGUGCAGUAUUGGGAGUCCGGGAGAUGGACGGUUCAUGGAGUGCCUUAGAACUUUCCCUGGACCAUAACUCCAACAACCAGGCUGAGGUUGAAAAAAUCAAAGCUCAGCAUCCACCGUCCGAGAAAGACACUGUGAUCGUAGAUGACAGACUGUUGGGGGUUCUGAUGCCCCUGCGUGCAUUUGGUGACAUGAAAUUCAAGUGGAGCUGUCAGUUACAGCAGAGUGUCUUAUCUAGCCUUAAAUCUGGUGUGGACCAGAACUCUCUCCACAUGUACCAGUACGAUUUACCCAACUACUUAACCCCGCCCUAUUUGGAUGCUACUCCUGAGAUAAUGUCUCACAAACUCCGCCCCCAGGACUGCUUCUUAAUCCUAGGCACUGAUGGGUUGUGGGAUGAACUGCGCAGUAAGGAAGCCGUGCGACUGGUUGGUGAACAUCUGAGUGGGAUUCACCCACAGGCUCCCGUUUCUCUAUCUGAGAAGCAGAUGAAAUUAGGUAAAUUGCACAAACUUCUGAUGAAACGGCGCGCCCGUACUUCUCCUGCCGUGGAUGUCAACGCUGCCACACACCUCAUCAGACACGCUCUCGGCACAGGAGAGUAUGGAGAGCUGUGUGAGGAACGACUGGCGUGUAUGCUGGCUCUGCCAGAGGACUUUGCUCGAAUGUACAGGGACGACAUCACUGCUACAGUGGUGUAUCUUAACCCUGGCAUUGUCAGACCUCCACAAAGCUAACGGCACGUCAUGUUUGAAACAACAAUGCUGCUCAAUGCUGUAAAAUCAACCAUUUGCAUUUGCCAAAUAAUGGUUUUAAAAAAUUAUAAUCUGGUUUAAAUUUUAGUUUUUUUUAUUAAUUUAUAUUUAAUUUUUUUAACAUUUGUUUAUACAGUAUGAAGCACUUUAUAUACGUACGUCCUGUAUCUGCUCACGCAUAAUGUUAGCAUAAAAAACAUGUCUUCGUGUUGAUAUGAGCUUCUUAUUGGAGACCAAAUCCUAAAUACACAUUAUUGCAAAAUUAAAGGUUAAAGUUUUUUUUUCUAAAAUGGUUUGUAAACAUUUGUUUUGUUGAAAUACAAAUAUGGUCCAGAUAUCUGCCAAGAAAAAU